CGUGGUGGUAACAGUCGAGUUUCGAGCCGUAAACAGUGCCGAUUUUGUGCGAUUUGUUUUGACAGUGGUUUUUCAAACGAGCAACCGGGACGAUAAUGGUGCCGAUGCGAUUUAUUGGUCUACUGGUGGUGCUUCUCGCCGCGCAGGCCUGGUGUAAACCGGCUAAGAGCGCCGAGGGCGAGGAUUACAACGACGACGACCCGCCCGUGGACUACAACGACGGCGAUACGGUCGACGACGACGACGAUCCCGGGACCAGCGAGGAACCGCCUCAAAUCGUCUCCAAAGCGGAGAUCAUACGCGCGAGGAAUGGGAGCACGAUUUGGCUGCAUUGUCUAGUGAAAAAUACGGACAAUCUCGCGGUCACGUGGAAACGAAACGAUGAAAAUUUAUACUACGACUCGAUCGCAAUGACGCAAGACAAGAACAGGAUUGUUCGACUGCCAAACAAUACCCUGGUGAUCCACAACGUAACGGUCAACGACACUUCCGACGAUUACGAGUGCAGUAUCCUACAGAAUCCGCCCAUCACGAUUAAACACAAGGUUGUGGUCGACACUUACAACCCCCCAAUCCGCGUGAUCCCCGGUAAGAGGGUGGAAGUCAACGCUGGCGAGACCCUGAACAUCGGCUGCGAAACGACGAUACGUCCAGCACCGGAAAUAAAAUGGUACCACGAGACCGUACGAAUCCGUAACGACGAAACGCCCAGCAGCCACCUGACGAUCCAUAACGUGACCAGGCACGACAGCGGUCAUUACCAUUGUCUGGCGGAGGACGGCUCGCAGAAACCACCUUUGGAGGUGAUCGCGGUCGUCGUCAAUUAUGCUCCUGAAAUAGAAGCGAAGAAGGAAUCGGUGCACACCGGGCUCGGAGUCGAGUCGGAAUUGACCUGUAUCGUUCACGCGCACCCUGCUGCGCGGGUGCGCUGGUACAGAGACGGGAAGGAGGUCGUGCCGGAGACCGGAAGGAUAGAGGUGAAGUCGGAAAGACCGCGAUACACCCUGAAAAUCAUGCACACGAAGCAGAAGGAUCUUGGAAAGUACACGUGCGUCGCCGAGAACAGAAUGAAACGGUCCGAGAAAGAUCUCUCCCUUACCGGUGCUCCAUCACAAGCAGUGAUCUUCGGCAGUGAGGUAACCAAGACUGAUAGAGGUUUAAUGCUAAAAUGGCGGCUGCAGAGCUACUCGCCAAUCACCGAAUACAAGCUGGAGUACCGUCCUACAGGAGCUACCGAAUGGAUCACUCUGAAGCCGCCAGUAACGAACGGCAAGGGCAAUCAGUUUAUAGUGAAACACGAGAUCGAAGGACUUCAGCCGGAAUCGUACGAAGCGAUUCUCUUGGCUAGAAACGAAUUCGGAUGGUCUCAACCCUCGAAGCCGUACACAUUUACGACAGAAUAUAUUGUCGAAGAAGCUGAAAACGUUAAAGGACCAUCAGCUGAUGUAUCUGGAGCCACGUUAACCAUGGCAACAUUAUUCCUAGUCGUCUCGUCCUGUGCCUUUACAAGUCUGUAAUUAACUGAACUUCUUAAACUAUGUAGGUAAUUUGCUGCAGCCAAAGCGAACACCAGCGGAUGCAAUGGUGGGUUUAGUGAAGAAAGAAUGUCUAGGAGAACCGUGCAUCAAUAGUGUAUUAUAUUUAAAACGAAAUAAUUAAUU